AUGGCCGAUGAUGGUUGGAUUAUGGCCUCAAGAGAGCGUCGUUCUAAUGCGGGCAAUAGAAUGAAAUCACUUCUUGCUCAAGAAGUCAAAGAUAUGCAAUCGAAAACUCAACAUUUAAAUGAUGAUGAUAUAGAUCUCUUAUUCCAAGAAGAAGAAAACGAUGAAGACUUUGAUUUACAAAAUAAUGAUACUGAUGAGUAUCUAGAGAGUCAACCCUCCAAUGAUAAAAAUUUAAAAACUAACAAUUAUAUACAACAAGACCUGAUGCUUAGUGAAUCUGAGUCAGAAUUUGAUGAAAAUGCAAAUGAUGAUGAAGCUGGAGAAAAGGAAUUAAUCAGACAAGAAAAAUUACAGAGCAAAAAAAGAAAGAAAAAAAAUACAGCACCUAUUUUAGUGAAAAGGUCAAAACCAACUAUUAGACCAACUCAUAAUGAACGUGGAGAAGAUGAAGAUGGAACCACAACAGAUACCAGUACAGCUUCAGUUACGUCGCACCAUAAAUCUUAUCAGGUAAUGCUAAAUCCUGAAACUCUGUUAAUGAAAGAUAGAAGAACAAGUAAAAGAUCCUCUGUUGUAGCAAACAAAUUAAAAGUUUAUGAGAAAUUAUCAAAAGCUGAAACAAAGAGAAAAUUAAUUCAAGAAAGGAUACGAAAACAUAAGGAAAAACAAAAACAACAUAUUUUAACUCAGCAAGAUCGUUUAAGAAUUGCACAGGAAACUGAACAAAUUAAUUUACAAACUUUAAAUAAAUAUAAAGAACAAGAAAUUAUUAAAAAAAAAUCAAGAAUUGCAAUGCAACAAAGACAGAAAGUAAAAUUUAAACCGAAUGAAUUAAUUGAAACAAAAUUAUCAACAUCUUGGACUGUGACCCCAAUUAUGGAAAUCAAUGAUAAAGCUUAUUGGGAUGAAUUUUUGAAAAAAAGAAAUAAGAAAAAAAAGAAAUAUCCAAAACGCCCCACAAAGAAACAAUUAUUAGCAGCUGCAGCUGCUGCUUCUGCUGCAAAGGAAAAAGAAUUAUCAACUGCUGAAGAUAUUAAUAAAAGCAUUUCCCCUAAUACAAUCAUUCAUCAGACUGAAAUAAAAUCAGAAUCUCCUAUAAAUAGCAGUUCAAUAUCAAUAGAUAAUAGUAUGGAACAUAAUAAAGUUUUAUCAUCUCCACCAUUAUCAGCUUCAAGCAAUACUCAUGAAAUAACUUCUACAGAAGAAUCAAACCCACUUCGCUCUGUAGAUGUAACAAAUACUGAUUCAUCUUUGGAUAAUGUAAAUUCAAGGGAAAAAUCUAAUAAUGUUAAUGAAAGUGAAGAUAAAAGUAUGAUCAUAGAAUCAACUUCUAAUGACAAUAUACAAAAAAAUGAUUCUGCUCAAUUUGUUAAUCCACCCGAACAAUCACUGAUGGAAAAAUUACAUUUUGCAACUGAAAAUACAACAAUAAAUGCUAAUACUCUAUCUUCAAUCCCAAAAGGUGGCAUGUCUGAACAAGAUAAAAACCUUGGAACUGCUACUAAGGAAAUAACAAAGGAUUCCACAGAUAAAAAUGUUGAUACACAACACUCAACCACGAUUGAAACAACUUCAAAUAAUUCAAAUAUUAUAAAUUCUUCUUCUAAGGAAGUGCCCAGUUCUUCUCCAAAUUCAUCAGCAAGUAGCAACAUAGUAGAGGAUACUAACUUCGAAAUUAAAAAAGAUGGUAAUAAUAACGUUACUCCAUCUUAUGUGGAAAAAGUUAAUGAAAAUGUGGAACCAACUAAAACAGAAGGUAUUGCUGAAACUAGAAAUAUAUCAUCUAAACCUGAACUUAAAAUUUCCACUACUCUUUUGGAAAAUAAUUUAAAUUUAAAUACUCAGUUUAUUAAUCAAACAGAUAGACCAUCUUCUCAUUCUAAUGAUUCUGUACAAAAUAAUUCAAUCGAAGUUACGAAUACUAAACUAGAAGAAACUCUAAUAUCUGGAAAUACACUAAAUACUUCCUUGAAAUCUGAAUCAACUAUCACGACAAAGCAAGUCUCAUUCCUUGAUGAGCCAGAAAUAAAACUGAUUGAUCAAAAUACUACUCCAAUGGAACUUGGUGUUGGACUUUCACCACCACAGGCUGGCUCAGAUGACAAUACAACUCCUACUACUCCUACAACUCCCAUCAAUAUUAAUGAUCCAUUGCUCUCUGAUACGCCUCCUACAGAACCUAUAGAUUAUGCUGGUCCUAACCAAUUAGUCAGUAAAGACUUUGUCAUAUUGUAUAAUUUUAAUAGUGGAACAUUUUUAGAAAAUGAAAGAGAAACUUUAUUUGGCAAACAGUGGGGAGGCAUUAGUAAAAAACGUAACAAUGAUGUUGAGACAAUUUUGAAGAUUAAUAUGGAUAAUAUGAAAAAUUUUGGACAUAUUGAUUCCAGUAUUGACAAUAAUAAAAAAAGUUUUCUACCAGAUUUAACAUUUUUAGAUGAUUAUCCAUCAUUUGGUGAAUAUGACAAGAAAAUGGUACAUAAUAGUGGAGAGGAAACUAAUAAAGAACUAAAUAUUACAAUCAAAACGCAACCGCCAACAGGUGUCUUCCUAAAUAAUGGUACUAGAAAAAAAUGCAUAAUCUCUACAAAACCUUGUCAAUAUUUUGAUCCUAAGAAUGGUGUACCUUAUUCAGAUGUAGAAGCUUAUAAAAUUAUUCAACAGAUUAUGGAUCCAAUUGGUGAAGAUGGUACAGAAGAGAACCCUAAUCCAAUGUUCCAAUGGUUUGGCUUCGAAGAAGGUGGUAUUUACUUAAAUGUUAAUGACGAGCCUGCUAAAGGGGUUCCUGAAGGAUUCAAUUGA